GCCCCCUUGCGGCACAGUGCGGCACGGCUCCGGUUCCCGGCGGCCCUCGCGGCAGGUUCCGGGUGUCCGGACUGUUCGUGAUGGCGGGGGCUGGUUCCGCUGCUGUGUCGGGGGCAGGGACCCCUGUGGCGGGGCCCACAGGCCGCGACCUCUUCGCCGAAGGGCUGCUGGAGUUCCUGCGACCCGCUGUGCAGCAGCUCGACUCUCACGUGCACGCCGUCAGAGAGAGCCAGGUGGAGCUCCGGGAGCAAAUUGACAACCUAGCCACAGAACUGUGCCGCAUCAAUGAGGAUCAGAAGGUGGCCCUGGAUCUUGACCCCUAUGUUAAGAAGCUACUUAAUGCCCGGCGACGCGUUGUCUUGGUCAACAACAUUCUACAGAAUGCUCAGGAACGGCUGAGGCGGCUAAACCACAGUGUUGCCAAGGAAACAGCCCGCAGGAGAGCAAUGCUGGAUUCAGGAAUUUACCCCCCUGGCUCCCCAAGCAAAUAACAGAUGAGCCUGUGGCCUCAGUACAAGUACUGUUCUCCAGCUACCUUGUUUCAACAAACAUGCAAAGAUCCUAGCACAGUCCCUGUAGACCCUGGGACAUUAAAAAGGCAGCCCUAGUUUGUUUGAAGCACUUAAUCUUACCCAUUUAUGUAGGGGCCCUAUACACAGCCAGAAUGAGGUUCCCUAAGGACUUACAUUAAUUAUGGCUGCUUCCUUCCACAAAUGAGCUAAGGCUUUUUUUUUUUUUUUUUUUUUUUUUUUUAAAUAAAGCUGCACUUGAGGCUUACCUUCUUCAGGCCUAGUUAACCAGAGGGGCUUCCUUUAUGUUACAUGCCUGGUUACAUGGGCCUGGACAGCAUGUCCUCUACCUGUGACUUCUCAUUUUCCUGUUUACAGUGGGAUUUGGAGAGGACAGGCAAAGUCAAAGUGAACGACUGUCUACCCACUUUUCUAUUGCACUGGCUUGAAUACAGUAGCAGUAUUGAUAGAAUCAUUUUAUUCAAUAAAUACUUAAAACAGUA